GGCUAAUGGUUAGGGCUGCGGGGCGGGCUUUUAAUGAAGGGACGGCAGUGGGAAAGAUGGCGGCGACUCUGGGAUCCUCUGGGUGGUGGCAGCGGUGGCGGCGGCGUGUGUCGGCUCGGAAUGGGUCCACGAUGUUGCUCCUUCUCCUUUUGUUGGGAUCUGGGCAGGGGCCACGGCAAGUCGGGGCGGGUCAAACGUUCGAGUACUUGAAACGGGAACACUCGCUGUCGAAGCCCUACCAGGGUGUGGGCACAGGCAGUUCCUCACUGUGGAAUCUGAUGGGCAAUGCCAUGGUGAUGACCCAGUAUAUCCGCCUUACCCCAGAUAUGCAAAGUAAACAGGGUGCCCUGUGGAACCGGGUGCCAUGCUUCCUCAGAGACUGGGAGUUGCAGGUACACUUCAAAAUCCACGGACAAGGGAAGAAGAAUCUGCAUGGGGAUGGCUUGGCAAUCUGGUACACGAAGGAUCGGAUGCAGCCAGGGCCUGUGUUUGGAAACAUGGACAAAUUUGUGGGGCUGGGAGUAUUUGUAGACACGUACCCCAAUGAGGAGAAGCAGCAAGAGGCCCAGAAGAGGCGAUAUUCUCCAGGCGUCCAGCGGGUGUUCCCCUAUAUCUCAGCCAUGGUGAACAACGGCUCCCUCAGCUAUGAUCAUGAGCGGGACGGGCGGCCCACAGAGCUGGGGGGCUGCACAGCCAUUGUCCGCAAUCUGCACUAUGACACCUUCCUUGUGAUUCGCUACGUCAAGAGGCAUUUGACGAUAAUGAUGGACAUCGACGGCAAGCAUGAGUGGAGGGACUGCAUCGAGGUGCCCGGGGUCCGUCUGCCCCGGGGCUACUACUUUGGCACCUCCUCCAUCACUGGGGACCUCUCGGAUAAUCAUGACGUCAUCUCCCUGAAGUUGUUUGAGCUGACGGUGGAAAGAACCCCAGAAGAGGAGAAGCUGCAUCGAGAUGUGUUUUUGCCCUCGGUGGACAACAUGAAGCUGCCUGAGGUGACCGCCCCGUUGCCACCCCUGAGUGGCCUGGCCCUCUUCCUCAUCGUCUUCUUCUCGCUGGUGUCUUCCGUAUUUGCCAUUGUCAUUGGUAUCAUACUGUACAACAAGUGGCAGGACCAAAGCCGGAAGCGUUUCUACUGAGCCCUCCCGCUACUUCCGCCCCUGUGGCUGUCACUGUGAGCCAGCGCUGGCCUGAGUGUCCAGCCGGCCGGGCCUUCUCCAGUCUCCAGCAGCGGGUCAGGGACUCUGUUCUCUCACUGGGGCUUUGAAUGCAGGGAUACUGCAUUGCCAUGGUGAUCCAUGGGGACAUCUCGCUGGUUCCGGAAGCCCACCUACCCCAGGGCAGUGCUGCUGUGAUGUGCCUUUCCCUGCAGUCCUUCUACUUGGGAGCUAAGAGGGACGGAGAGAAUAUAUACGGUUCUGAUGCCAAGAUCACGAAAAGAAUUUCAUAACUCAGGCUGCCUUGUUGUUGGACUCUGAGGACCCUUGUGCUUCAUUUUUAAAUCCGCAGAGAACACAACACGGAUAACUCAUACCUUCCAGGCAUCCAUUCGUCGGAUUUUGCUUUUCGUCCAAGCCUCUGUCCGCCUGAGGAAUUUCCCCUGGAAAUCUGGAUGGAAACUUCUUCCCUGUGUUGCCUUCUCCCUCCACUCAUUGCUCUCUCCACAUGCAGCCUGAGCUGGAAGAGACAUCUGGAUGCCACUCUUUUGGAGCCUGGGGCUGCAGAACAAACUGAUGUUUCACUGACCCUUAGUCAGGUGACCACAGGGAGAGGGCUUUUCGCUUUGGCUCACUGCUCCAGCCGUUGUUCUUUAGCGUGAAUCUUGGUUCUGUUAGUUUGUGACCUUCCCAGUUGAUUCCUUUAGGCCCUCAGUCAGGUUUGGCCGAAAGCUGGUGUGCAAGUCAAGAGAAGCUUGUACGACUUCAUGGUUGCCAGGGGCGUAACUGGGAAACUGACCAGCUCCAUGUUUCGACACCAGAAGCAACAGUUGCCAUGUGAUCUGACCAUGUGUGGAGAUGCUUCUGGACUCUGGAGCCUGCUGAACUGCAUGUUUGGUGUUUAUCAUGACUUUUGGAAUCCCACCUUAGUGUUCAAAACGUGAGGCUUCCUUUUUAUAGCCUCGGCUUGGAUACUCCCCAAAGAGGAAACUUGGCUUCUUUUUCUUAAUGGAUAAGAAACAGUUGCUGUUCUCCUGUUGCAAAUCUGGGAGCAAUGGAUGCUCGUCCUCUGUGCCUGGAAGAGAUCAUUGUCAUCGAGCAACAGAGCCCGAGUGUCCUCCUCUGUGGGUCAAUCCUUAUUCCACUGCCUUAUCUGACAAGGGGUCCUGUGCUGCUCACCUGUCUGCCCUGUGAUUAAAUUGGCCAAUAGACCAGUCUCCCUGGA